GACCGCGACAUGUCUCGCAGGAAGUGCACGGGUGGUGGCGGGCUAUCUUCAGAGCCCUUUCUGGGCCCGACAGGGCAUUCAAGUCGUGUGAUGCUGGGUAGGUCACGGUCUCCAUUAGCGUGGAUUAGAAUAUGCGGUUUGUACGCAAGGAAGUCCAGAGAACGGAUAACACGCCAGACGGUAUAUUCGUGAAUAGUCGUACACGUAGUGCUGGAGGCUCGUGGUGAUCGUAUGAAGAACCCAAUCCGAAGAUAUGACCAGC